AUGAGUGACAUCAAUGAUGUCUCACGCAUAGCAAUAGACCCUUUGCUGCAGAAGCAGAUUGAUGACUACCAACAGUUGCCCUUACCCCAGUUGAUGCAGUGCAAGGACUCGAUCGAGGCCGAGAUCGAGAAGUUCCUAACUGUAUUAGCAAAUGAUCUGAAUAGUGAUAUGACUUCUCCGUUACUCACUGGGGAUGGGUUCCCUCGCAACGACAUUGAUGUGUAUCAAGUGCGGUAUGUAAGACAGAAGGUUAACAUGCUGCGAAAUGAUCUAGUUAAGGUGAUGGAUCAGUUGCACACUGCGCUGUCAAGCCAUUUUGUAUCACGCUCCAUUGAUUCAAAGCUUAAUGCGAUGACCAUGGAUGGUAAUGACGGAAGAACGCCGGAUCAGGGCAAUGGAAAUAUAGAUGCAGCAGCAAGAGCGGUACCGUUUGCUCGUGUUACCGAGGUGACACCGGAGAGCCCUGUAAGUGUGGCUGGCAUAAAUGUUGGUGACCUUUUGUGUACAAUUGGCACCAUUGACGCAACUAAUCACAACAGUCUAAAGGCCAUUCCAGGACUAAUAGCGUCAUGUGAAAAUUCCGAUGUAAAAAUCACGUUGAAACGUGGGGAAGCUCAACAGUUGCAUAACGUAACGUUGAGACCUUCACGCAACUGGCCGGGCCAAGGCUUAUUAGGCUGUAGGCUACAAGAAAUAUAA